AUGAUUCAUGGCUUCAGACACGGUUUCAACCAAGGCAUCCCAAAUCACAACUUAGGACCCUCAAUCCCUUACUUCACCCCACCCAACCACCAAUCCACUCUACUAGCACAAGAAAAAAUAGAAUCCUCAAUUACAAAAGAGAUAGAAGCCGGAAGGAUCUACGGUCCCAACACGCACACCCAACUCAUGGAAAAGUACAAAUUCUUCAGAUCCAACCCACUAGGAGCAGUAGUAAAUGGAGACGGAUCAUUCAGACCUAUAAAUGACCUUUUCUUCCCCCACAACAACCUGCAGCUUCCCUCUGUGAAUUCAUUCGUAGACAAACUCGACUAUGCUACAACAUGGGACGACUUCGAAAAAGUGUCCAAAUUCCUUUGCAAUCAGACACAGCCAAUACUCCUUGCCCUUUUUGACUGGGAGAAAGCUUACCGGCAAAUCUCCACAGCAAAAUCACAAUGGGCCUACCUAAUGGUUAGGGACUUCAACGGCAGUAUACUGAUAGACACGAGGAAUGCCUUUGAUGGAGUCGCGGGAUGCUGUCUAUGA